AUGUCGGCCUCUGGCUUGGUGCUGACAGCUGGCCGUCCUCACGACAUAUACCGAGUUACUCUCCUGAAGGAGUACUAUCUCUUCAUCAAGAAAUCUCUUCAUGGUACAGUAGGAGAGGUAGUCACUGGCAAUGCUGCUCGAUUGGGAAGAGACGAUUGGACUGCAUUUGGCACACCUCAACUCCUUCAACUGAAACAGCUUCCUACGUAUACGAAAGUGAUCCUCAAAUUGAUUCUCUCUGCGACUCCUAUGAUGUCGAUCGACGGGCCAUUGAACUUGGAUACUGUAUUGAUCAUUGCAAGUUAUCUCGAGCUUCAAGAGCUCGUGAUGACAUGUAGACUCUGGUACUUCAUAUCUCGACAAUACGGACAAUUUUGGACGAACGUAGUACGGCGUUUGCCUCCUGCGCACCUACAAAAGACGUUAUCGUGGUCAGACUACGCCCUAGAAGACAUUCGUCGAGCAUCCAUAAAAACCGGCCGUGCUGCGCAUACGUGGAAUACGGCUAGUGUCAUUCGACCUACAAGGGCAAUUCGUCUAGACACUUCAAACCGCAGCGUGCAUGUGGUCCCGGGAACGAGAUGGAUGUUAUCACUACAACCCGAGGAUCGCUCUUCAGUCGGCGACUUCCUUCCCAUCGAGGUCUACGAUCUUCAGACCGGAUGUUUAGUCGGAGCCGCAAAUUCGAAGUAUACCUCGCGCGAGCUCAAGGAUUUGCCGGAUUGGCAAGUCAGCGUCUCAAUAUCUCCAACGGAGAUGGUGGUUUGUUUGCAAGACUACUACGCAAAUUCGUCUGUACAUCACAUCUAUCAAAUCUCUGUCGACUCGGAGAGGCUCAGCAUCACUUGUGACCUCUUACGCCGUCUGGACACCACAGAUGCGACAGCCACUCUAUCAUCUGACGGCCGUUUCAUCUGUCUGAUUGAUCACGGUUACGUACAAGUUCAUUAUCUAGCCUCGGAUAUAAACUCGCAAGCACUAGCGUGGCAGCAAUACUUUGAAUCCGACGAUGAUACGUAUUCUGUCUUUUAUGGCGAUUGCCUACUCGUAUUUGUGGACGAGAGUCGCCUCUGUGUCCUUCACCUUCCCACAAUGCUACACUAUUGGCCCACCAAGUUUCCAGCGCUGGACGACGCACUGCCAACACCACCUAGUCAUUUAAUUCACAAAAUUGGUCCAGUAAAUUCGGGAGAGACUGCGCGUUCAUUGUACAACGGCUCGAACACCAGUCAAUUUUGGCAUAAAGUAUCCAUUCUUUGUCCCGAGAACGAGAAUGACGAGUGGAAACGUUCCCCUGAACGUACUCUUGAUCUGAUCUACACGAAGCAAGAUGCAACGUUCCUAUACACGCUGAGCGGACGUGUACCCGUCCCUGGGAAUCGUGAAGGUUCAAGCGAUCUCGCACGUACCCACUGGGGUACAGCGGUGGACGACUCCGAUAACUCACCUCCGCCGCUAUACCUGAAUGACCUCCAUGCCAUUCGUACAGAAAUCCCAGUCAUGACGGCACUCAGUGGCUCUCGUCUUCACGGCCUACAAACAUCCCAAUUCUUACUGAGUUGCCGGACAAUCACCCGAUCCGAGGAGAAAGAUAUGACAGGUAUUCAUCGACACUUUUUGCACGUCAUAGGAAUCGACAAACCUGGGGAGAUGAGGCCUAUUGCAGCAUUAGACAGGUUCGAAGAUGACAUGGCCCAUAGCAAGAUCAUUGGAAUAGAUGAGUCCAUUGGCCUCAUUCUCAUGUCAGAUCCGAUAGACUACACACGUAGACUCGCCGUUUGGCUUUAG